AGCAUAUUCAUCGGACGUCGCCAAAAUGGGUGGCGAUCUCAAUUUGAAGAAGUCAUGGCAUCCAGCGCUGAUGAGCAACCAGCGUCGGGUGUACAACGAAGAGUUGAAGGCCUUGGAAGAGCGCAAAAAGACGGAACAGGUGCUCAAGGAACGAGCGGAAGAACGAGCGAUCCAGGAACUAGAGCGUCUUCAGGAGGCAGCAGGAGGCAAGAAACGAGUAGAUAAGGUCGAUUGGAUGUACAAUGGCCCGGGCUCCGGUGGACCAGGUGCGGGCGGAGUCACUGAAGAAAUGGAGGGAUAUUUACUCGGAAAGCGGAGGCUGGAUGGUCUGGUCAAGCGCAACGAGGGAGAUACGCCCAAAAAAGAUGCACCACAAGACGGUUUUAUGGCGCUAAACUCGAACGCAAAUUCCGCACGAGACAUCCAGUCCAAGGUCUCAAACGAUCCCAUGCUUGCUAUCAAGAAGCAGGAGCAGGCUGCUUAUGAGGCCAUGAUGAACGAUCCUGUACGCAGGCGACAGCUACUCGCAGCUGCAGGUAAAGAGACCGACGACAGCCAUGACAAGGAGAAGGAGAGACGGCAUCGACACCACAGGAGCCACAGACACAAGCACCGCGAUGAUGACGAGGACGAAGAUCGACACAGACGAAAGCGUAGGAGACACAGCGACGACCAUGACGAUGACAGGCGCGAGCGACGACAUAGAUCUGAUCGACACAGGAGAAGAUCUCGGUCGCGUUCGCCCUACUCUCGCAGACGGGAUGCUCGUGAUCGCGAUGACAGAAGGUCAAAAUCUCAUCGCAGUCGCCGAGACACGCCUUCGCGAUCUCGCUCGCCGCCACGAAAACGGGAUCAGGACGAACGUGAGGAGCGCCGAAAGUCCUACCCGAGCCCCAAACGCUCUGGAUCUUCAGGCUCGCGAUCACUAUCAAGGUCUCCCUACAGACCACGAGGAGAUUGCUCACGCCAAGAAGAUCGGUACACAACGUACCCUCGUGACCGAGAUGAGAGGCCGUACCGCUCACCGCCUGAAGACAAGAAUGAAUCUCCAGCGGAUGCUGAGAGGCAGCGAAGGCUCGCUGAAAUGAUGGGUAAUGCGACCGAGAUGGAAAGUGAGAGGAAGACGCGAUUGACGGAGUUAGAGGAGAAAGAGGCAACGCAGAGGGAAGAAGAGAACCGCAAGCGUUCAGAGACGGGCAAGUUCAUCAGCAGCGUCAGGCGUGAUGCUGAGGGUGUUGACAUGGGUCGUCGCUUGCAAGGUUCGGCUCGCUCCCACGACGAUUGACCCGAGUAUUAUUUUAUUAUCAACCAGUCCUCCUGCAGGUGAGCGCCUUUCCUGCACGUGUCGGUUUCACCACACAAGGUACAAGCUACAAAAGCUCAUCAAGCUUUUUCCUACAUCUGUCGAGAGCCUUCCACAUAGCAUACGGCAAGUAGUGUAGCACUUCGCUGCUUUCGUCGCGUAUAUCAAAUGGAAUCCAAAUAUUUGUG